GACAAAAAUGAGAAGAAACAGGACAAAAAGGCUGAUAAGAAAGGGAAAAAAGAGAAGGCCAACAAGAAGAAAAAGGACAAAAAGAAAUCAGGAUCUGGGUAAUUCAAUAUAUAUGUAUUAAUAUAAAACAAUUAUUGUCUUAUGCAAACCUGUUUUCAUUUAUAGCCGUGAAAUACCAAGAGUUGGCAUGACUCCCUGUCAAAGCUGAACAGGAGGUUUUAUUUUCUUUUAUUUUUUUCUGGAGUGAGGAAAUUCUGACUGAGUGAAGUGGAAACUGUCCAUAGAGCCAAGUCCACCACAGUGAAACGUGGUCCAGGGGCUGUCACAGGUCCAGGGUGGAACUUUCAAAAAUGACCGUACAGAUACUUCUGACACCACCAGUAUCCUGAGGAUUAAAGACAAAUCUGGUAAAGCAAAAUAGAAACUUCAGCUGGGGUCCCCCUUUCUGUAGUUAAAUGUCUCAAGUUCUUGAGCAGUUCUCUGGAGUGACACAGGAGGGGAUAAAUGACAGAGGUUGACAGUGAGCGAGAUCUCCUACUUUUUUCUAAGCAACCAAACAACCAAAACCAAACCAAGCCAAAACAAAAAAAAAACCAGAACCAAUCAGUUUCCAGAAUCCCAGGAUCUAGUUCUAUUUCCAGUGCAGAAUCAGAUUCUUGACACUUUUCAAAAGUUCAAGUUCUCAUUUCCUAGCCAGGCUUGAAUCAGCUUUUUGUAACAGAAGAAUAUCAAAACUUCAAGAGUUCAGAACCAAGAACCAAGAUGAAAGUUUCCAAAGUUUGUCUACCAUUUAACUCCCACUGAAAUUUUCCCUAUCACUUUUCCAAAGCAUUUAUGCAACCUGGGGUCUUUGAAAAAUUGCACUGACACUGAACACUUCUGAAAACUCUUUUUAUUCUUUUUCUGCCAUCCUGUUGUUCUCUGGCAGCAUAUCCCUUUUCAUGAUAUUUUGAGGAAACAGUCCCUGAGAACAGUGCACAAAAGAGCUAAUGGAGCUCGGCAUGCUUAUCUUGGUGGAGAGGACCAUAAAUCCAUUCAGCACUUGCUACAACUGUUUGUGUUCCCAAAGGCAUCACUGGAGAGCACAGCAGGAGUCAGAAGGAAAAGAAGAUACAAGGAGAUAUGCUGCUGCAUUAAUUUGUUCACGAUCCCAUUUCAGUACACUUCUAGUUCACUUCCCUUCCCUGCACGAAUGUCUAAAAUCUUCCUUUGUGCUGGCUUUUCACUGUGGUGCCUGUUGUUCCCCACUGUGCAAUUUCCUGUACUCAUAUAAGCUACAGGCCCGAAUCUGCUAAUCCACGUUCCUUUGCUUAUUGCUGUUGUCAUCUCUUGUAAACAUUUACUGAGUGUUAAUUAAAAAAAAAAAAAAGCCACUUAAAAUAUAAAAUUGAAUGAGGGCAUAAUGUUUUAAUUGUAUUCCAAAACUCUGAACAUUAAAAUACACAUUUAGGCUGAAUAAUUUUAGUUUCUACAUAGAUCAGCACAUUGUUCUUGAAGUAGAAAGCACAAUGUUUGAAGAAAAUCUGAUGAUGCUCUAGAAGAUACUUCCAGAACAUUACAUUCUUAAACAUUUAGGGGACAAGUUGACAAGUUUAUGCAGUAAUAAAUACAACAGUAUUUAAAAGGAUUUUCAACAGAAGAAGAAAAAAAAAACAAUAAAGGAAAAUAUGAUGGUGAUCUGUUCAACUAUAGUUCACAUUUGUAGAUCUUCAGGACACGAGAGAAUGGUGUGAGCACAGAAGUGUAUUCUGUCUAACAAGUCCGUGAGGACCUACCAUAGCGAAGGCUAAGUAUUCUUUAUAAGUAUGUCUAGAAUCGUGGCAUUUUUGAGUUGGAAGGGACCCUUAAAGGUCACCUAGUCCAACUACCCUGCAGUGAUCACAAUCCAAAGUUAGAUUGGGGUGCUCAGAACCCUGUCCAGCCUGACCUUGAAUGUCUCCAGGAUGGGGUAAGCACCACCUCUCUGGGCAACAUGUUCCAGUGCCUCACCACUCUUACUGAUGUACUUUGUACUUUUUUAAUAGCCAAAAUUAGACACAAAGCAAAGCAACUAAAUAAAAAGUAAAAUUAAUAUAAAGAAUACAGUAUAUGUGAUAUAAUUCCACAGGGGAAUAUUGUAUUUGUUGAUGUUUCUGUGGAUUUUGUUGUCCACAAUGAACAGUUACCUUUUGAUUAGGUAUCAGAAGUCAGUAGAUUCUGCUUUUGUUACCCUUUCCUACAUCCUGUUUUUCACCUUAACCAGGAACAACUCUUUAUAACUAAUCAUUCUGCUUAAAGAAAUCCUAGAUGACCUUUGUCCAUAUUUUGAAUCUUUUUUUUUUUUUUUCAGCCUGCUUGAAAUUUUGAUCCUCCUAUAGUGAGUUUCAUAGGGUAAUUCUAUGGUAAAGGAGCUGUUUCUGAAUUGUAGGAAAACACUUGGACACAGGUCACUCGCCAGUCGACAAAGGGAAAACAACCCCCAUCCGUUAGCGUGGGGAAGCAGCCACUCAGACUCUGAUUCUGACUCUGAGGAGGAGCCAAUUACGGAGGAGGAAUUGGCCAAGCUGAAGGAAGAGGUAGAAGAAAAAAAGAAGCUAAUCGCCACGUUACGUAACAAGCCAUGGAAGAUGAAAAAGAAGUUGUCAGUUCUGAAAGAAGCACAGCUUUUUGUUGAAAAAUUUGAAGGUGCACUUGGAAAAGGAAAGGGAAAAAAAUUCUAUGCAUACAAAGUGAUGAUGACCAAGAAAUGGAUGAAAUUCCAAAGAGAUUUUGAGAAUUUUAAGACAGCCUGCAUACCCUGGGAAAUGAAAAUUAAAGAGAUUGAAAGUCACUUUGGCUCAUCGGUAGCAUCUUAUUUCAUAUUCUUACGCUGGAUGUAUGGAAUAAACAUGAUUCUCUUUGGACUGACAUUUGGACUUGUAAUGGUGCCUGAGGCUUUGAUGGGAAAGCCAUACGGCUCUUUACCUAGAAAAACUGUUCCACGAGCCGAAGAAGCUACAGCUAUGAACUUUGCUACUCUUUGGGAUUUUAGUGGCUUUGCACAGUAUUCUGUGCUUUUUUAUGGUUAUUACAAUAACCAGAGGACAAUUGGGUGGCUCAAGUUCAGGAUGCCUCUUUCCUAUUUCCUUGUUGGUGUUGGAACUAUUGGCUACAGCUUUAUGAUUGUCAUUCGAACGAUGGCAAGGAAUGCAAAUGAGGAAGGUGGUGGGGAUGAUACUAGCUUUAAUUUCAGCUGGAAAAUGUUCACAAGCUGGGACUACCUGAUCGGCAAUCCUGAGACAGCAGAUAAUAAGUUUGCUUCUAUCACUACCAGCUUUAAGGAAGCUAUCGUGGAGGAACAGGAGAGCCGAAAAGAGGAAAAUAUUCACUUGACUCGGUUCCUAAGGGUUCUUGCUAACUUCUUAGCCCUGUGCACACUUGCUGGGAGUGGCUACCUCAUAUUUUUUGUUGUGAGAAGAUCCCAAAAAUUUGCCCUGGAAGGUCUGGAGAACUACGGGUGGUGGGAAAGAAACGAAGUAAACAUGGUCAUGUCACUUUUAGGAAUGUUCUGUCCAACCUUAUUUGAUGUAAUCAGUUCUCUGGAAAACUACCAUCCUCGAAUAGCUCUAAGAUGGCAGCUUGGACGCAUAUUUGCUCUUUUUCUUGGCAAUCUCUACACUUUCAUUAUUGCCCUAAUGGAUGAAAUCAAUCUCAAGUUGGAAGAAGAGAAGAUAGUCAAGUAUAACAUGACAAUAUGGGAAGCCAGUCUGUACAAUGGCACUAUUCCAGAAAAUUCAACUGCUCCUCCAAUACAGGUGGACCCUGCAGAUGUUCCCAGAGGACCUUGCUGGGAAACAAUGGUAGGCCAGGAAUUUGUACGGCUGACAGUCUCUGACACGAUGACUACGUAUAUCACAAUUCUAAUUGGUGAUUUCUUGAGAGCUGUCUUUGUUAGAUUUUUCAAUUACUGCUGGUGCUGGGACUUGGAAUAUGGAUUUCCAUCAUAUUCAGAGUUUGAUAUAAGUGGGAAUGUGCUUGGACUGAUAUUUAACCAAGGCAUGAUCUGGAUGGGAUCUUUUUAUGCUCCAUGUCUCCCAGCAAUCAAUGUGUUUCGACUCCAUACUUCCAUGUACCUGCAAUGCUGGGCAGUGAUGUGCUGCAAUGUUCCCCAGGAGAGAGUCUUCAAAGCUUCCAGAUCAAACAACUUCUACAUGGCCAUGUUGCUUUUCAUUCUCUUUCUUUCUACACUGCCUGCUGUGUACACCAUUGUCUCCAUCCCACCAUCUUUUGACUGUGGCCCUUUCAGUGGGAAAACGAGAAUGUUUGAAGUCAUAUCAGAAACACUGGAGCAUGACUUCCCCUCUUGGUUUGGGAAGGUAUUUGGUUAUGCCUCUAACCCUGGACUCAUCCUACCUUUUAUAUUACUGAUGGUACUGAGUAUUUACUAUCUCAAUGCUACAUCAAAAUCCUACAAGGAAGCUAACCUGGAACUUAAAAAGAAACUCCAAAGUCAAGCAGAAGAAAACAAAAGAAGAAAUAAACAAAAGGCACAAAAAUCAAAUGAACAAGAGGAAAAUCCAUUUGAGACAGAGCCACCACAGGCAAAGCAAAAAGGAGGCAAGCAAGAUCAAUCUUCUGCAAGUCAAGAUAACGAGAAAGAACAGAGUGGCAAUGAAGCGAAGACGACAGGCCAGCCACAGGAAGCAAGUUUGUCUCAGUCACUCCAGCAUCCAGGUGCUGCCCCAAAUGGCCACUAUCCACCACAGGGCAGAGGGGGAAACCUUCCUCCCCCACCCAUAGCUGUGACACGGCCUCCGGGGCCACGUGGGUAUCUAGCACCAGGGUAUCCACCGGGACACCCACGCUUUCCAGGGGUACAGCCAGGAAUGCCCAGAGGCCCUCCCCACUACAGAUAAGGAAGCUGUCUGUCCUUUUCUGCUUUGUGAUAAGAUGAAGGACACUCAGGGACACAAGAGUGAUCUGGACUCCCAGAAAACUCCUGGAAGUGCAGAACUCUGUUGUAUUUAUAAUAAAUCUUCAUCUGCAUAUUCAUGUGCAUCAUGUGGGAUGGGACUUUACAGCAUAAAAAAAAAGCAUCUUUCUGCUUGCUUUUAAAGAUAUUGCAAAAAUGUGUUAGCUGUGUCAAAAUGUCUCAAAACUUAAGGUAUGUGUUGGAAAAUAUUGUUAGAAGAAUAAAAAUUAUUUUGUA